CGCAGCUCUAAUCCCUCCAUGACCUCCCUGCGUCGAGAGGACGAGAGAAUGAGCUGGAACAAGGGAGCGGAGGAGACGUGAAGCAGCUGAACGUCACUUCCAGACUGGUUCUAUCUGAGGCAUGGGGGAGCAGAGGACCACCUUCCCUGUGCUUCGUCUGGACUUGGACAACUUUGACUUGGCGGAGGCGGAGAGGAGCCGCUAUGUCUUAACCAGCCCCCGCUCUCUGGAGUCCUGUUCGCGCCUCGGCAUCAAACCCGUGGAACUUCUGAUCAAAUCACUGAACGAGCUGAUCGCUGAACAGAGAGAUGUCCCCCUGCAGGCGGUGCGAGUUAUGCACGAAUCCUACGAAAAGGAGAGAAUGAAGCUUUUGCAAAUGUGCCGAGAGGAGCGGGAGAGGAUUAUCCAGGGGAGAGCAGGGGACAGGUGGCCAGGCCUGGAGGAGGUGCCUGUCGCCAAACUGAAGGAUCAGUCGACACAGAGACACUCCAUCCCAUAUGCAGACUUGUGCCUGAAAGGGAAACCAGCCAGCAGGUCCUCCUGCACUGCUGCUGGUCCCAGAGAGCCAGACAGGAGCACGGCCUGCAGCUACAGGCUGGGAGACCUCAGACACUCCCUGUCUACUGAGAGGAAGCUGCAGAGGCUCACAGAGGACAUCAGGAGGGAGAUGUGUGUCACAGUGUCAGAGACAGACCGCAAGAUUGCAGCUCUCAUGCUGGUGAAGCACGAGGAGGAGAAGGCUCGUCUGGAGCACUGUCAGCAGGAGAAGCAGGAGCGAGAGGAGGCCCAGAGGCAGAUGGAGGCUCAGUGGGCUCAGGUGGAGAAGAAGAGGAGGAAGAAACUGAGGCAGAGUGUGCGUCACUGGCAUGAGGAUCUGGAGGCUCGCAGGAGGCUGAGGGAGCGUCAAGAGAAAGAGAAAGUAGUGCAACUCAAGCUGGAGGCACUUCUGCAGGAGGACCGCUGGAGGAGGCUGAAGGAGGAGGUGGAGGCACAACGUAGAGAAAAGAUGGAGGCUGCACAGAAAGAGGCGAAGGGACGCAAACGCUACCAGGAGAAGCUUCUGAGGGAGAAGCAAGAGGUGGAGAAGAGGGAGCAGGAGAAGGAGAGACAGGUGGCAGUGGAGAAGGAGCAGAAGGCCAGGAGGAGCAGGGAGCUGCAGGAGAAGAAGGAGAGGAAGAGGUUGCAGGAGGAAAACCACAAGGAGCUCCUUCGACACAUCCUCCUGAAACAAGAGAUAGAGCAGCGGAUGGAGGAAGAGGAGGCACAGAUGAGGAGCACCCUGGAGAAGAAGCUGCAGCACUCCUGUGAGAAACGUGCCCAGGCCGUGGAGGCCCGGCUGAAGGAGCUGCAGGGGCGGGCAGCCCGGGAGGAGGAGCAGGUUCAGAGGGCACAGCUGAGGUCCAGGUUGCAGAGCGUCCAGCAGCUCACACACAAGCAGAUCUUGGUCCAACUGAACCAGCGCCGCAUGGAGCGGGCCGCCCGGUACACCUCUGCCCAGCACAGGGACAAAGCACAGCAGACGCAGCAGCGCAACAAACACAGGCAGCUCUGCCACCAGAGGCUCUGGGAGAGGCUGCAGAGAGAGGAGGAGGCCAUGAGGAGGGUCAGGGAGAGCUACAUCUGCAUGAAGGAGUGGAGGAGAGAGAGGCUGCGGAGACAGCGAGAGCAAAUACAGGAGGAGGCACAGACACUGGCUCGGGCCUCCUUUCACUUUAGAGACAGGGCGAGGCAGCUGACACAUAGACAGACCUUCGAUCAGAUGGCUCUGCAGGCUGAGCUGACGGCCUCCAUGAGCCACAUGAAACUAUGAAACUACUGCAGCAACAAUCUGAAAAUACAGCAAGGACACAUCAUACAUGUGGAUGAAUGUGUUGUAACCGGGCUGCAGCUGAAGCUUCAAAUAAAUGUUGGGGCCCCGAGCUGCACAGAGGGCCCUUAAACACACCAUGGACCAUUAUCAUGUCAGAGUUUUGUUGGAUGGGCUCAAAAUAGCUCAAUGAGGGAUGUGCAGAAUUGAAUUUGUGUAAUGACACACAAAGUCACAGUGCGAUUAGAUAUCCAACUUAAAGGAUUGUGCCAUAUAAAGUUUUUAAAUGUAUUAAAGGUAAGAAUGAACCUGGAGUUAUAGGUCUGACCAUGUGGUGACCUUCCGUCAGGACAAACUGACUGCAGACUGGUUUGUAUUGAUUGAUCCAGCAGGACACAGUUUAGUAUUACACAUAUUCUUACUGGUUUAAUAAACAGGAGGCUACAGGUUGUUUGUUUUUUUCAGCCUGUGUAAAGUUGAGACGUGUGGGUAAGUGAAAUCUGCAGAGCUGAGUGGGAGGGGUUAAACUGCCUCUGGUGCUACAUGAAGGAUGACAUCAGUGUUUUGAAUUUGAUAUAAGCAGCCAUUCACAGCCAGUGGAGUGUAA